UUUCUGCCACGUUGCCUUGGAAAGAUUGGUUUUCCCUAACAAAAGGGACCCAGUUUUUCACAGGGAUUUUUUUUUGUCUUGUGGUGGGGAUAGACUAGGCUGGAGUGCUUGAAUUUAAGCCACGCAUUCAGAGCAACAGGCUUUUGUGGUGUUUUAUAGCUUGUGAGAUACUGGGCCAGAAUACUAAUUGAAAGUCUCCAUAGUUGAACAUUCUUCCCCCUCUUUCCAGAAUGAGUGUGGUUACACACCUCUGACAAGCCACAACUUCAUUGACUGAUAAUCCCUCAGACUGCACCUCAUUUACAUUUUCAUGAGCAUGGCAGUUUACUUGGGAAUGGUGGAACUAUAAUCUUUGUAUCAGUUUUCUAUUGAGACGUUUACCCAGCUUCUCCAAGUUGAACAUGAGGUGGAACAUGUUGCUGCUCCUGAUACUCACUCAUGCAUCAAUAUUGCUAACUUCAGCACUGGAAGAAAACUCAGAGAACAGCAAGACAUUGAAAGUGACAAUAGGAAGCCAUCCUGCCAGACCUGUGCUAACAGGGACCCUCACAAUUCCUUGUCACAUCAGGUACCAGUCACCAUCUGAGGUCAUCAGUGCUGGGCGUCAAGCAGUGCUGGCAACACCUAGAAUAAAAUGGAGCUUCAUCUCCCAAGGGAAGGAGGUGGAAAUACUAGUGGCAAGGGGCCGCAAAGUUAAAAUCAGUGAAGGCUACCGUACCCGUGCCUUGAUGCCACACUAUGCUGAGUCAGUCAACGAUGCCACUUUAAUCUUGAACAGCCUAAUUACUAACGACUCAGGGAUCUACCGUUGCUAUGUACAACAUGGUAUAGAAGAUGACUACGACAUGCUGGAGGUCAAAGUAAAAGGGGUUGUGUUCCUGUAUCGGGAAGGAACUGCACGCUACGCUUAUACUUUCUCUAUGGCACAGGAAGCGUGCAACAGAAUAAAGGCCACCAUUGCCACACCAGAACAGCUUUUGGCUGCUUAUCAUAGUGGUUAUGAGCAAUGUGAUGCUGGAUGGAUUUCAGACCAGACUGUCAGAUACCCCAUCCAGAUCCCAAGAGAUGGUUGCUAUGGUGACAUGGAUGGUUUCCCUGGAGUCCGGAAUUACGGUGUGCUGGAUCCAGAUGACAUGUAUGAUGUAUACUGCUAUGUGGAAGAACUGAAUGGUGAAGUAUUUUUGGGUUCGACGCCUAAUAAGUUUACCCUGCAAGAAGCAAGGGACUACUGCAAAAGGUUGGGAACAAACAUUGCAACCACAGGGCAACUCUAUGCUGCAUGGAACCAGGGGUUUGAUCUCUGUAGCCCUGGGUGGCUCUCAGAUGGAAGUGUGAGAUAUCCAAUUGUCACUCCAAGAGAAAGAUGUGGGGGCAAUGCUUCUGGCGUCAAAACUAUAUUUAUGUUCCGUAAUCAGACUGGAUUCCCAGACUCCAUGGCCAAAUAUGAUGUUUACUGCUUCAGAGAUAAGAGCCGGAUUACACCACAAAAUCUGGAUGAUGGUCAACCUGCUCCUGUUGAGAAGGUCCAGAAUAUUAUAACUUUAACAGAGAGCUUUAAGAAGCUAAUGUUUCCUGAAGGCAUUGCCGAAAAUGAAGCUCAGGGCUAUGUGGACACCAUACCACUAAACAAAACAAAGAUGGCAGACAGUCAACAGAUACUAGAGGAGCUAAGGGAAACCAUUACGAAGGAGCAAGAAUCAACUCUCCAAGAGUCAACACCAACUAUAAAGAGUUCCACCAGCAACUCAUAUCUAUCUUAUUCCCCUGUGGUUAUGGAACAAGAACAAGAAGAUGACAAGGAAGCAGAAACAGCAAAAGAAGAUGCUAGUUUCACCCAAAAAACACCAGAGACCAAGGUUGCGUUCAUCCCACAAAACAAAUCUGUUUUCACUCUCCAAGAGACGACAAGCAGCAUGUUGGAGGAAAGUGUUGCCGUUCCUACGCAGCAGGUUCCAGGUGACUCCACCACCGAAGUAGUUCUUGUAAAUGUAGAUGCAGAAAGCGAUUACUUUUAUGACAAUAUCACCAAUUUGCCAGAUGAAUUUGGCUCUGAGGAGUCAGAAACAUUAAACCAAACUUUUAAUACCACUACCCAAUCACCAAAGAGAAGUCUUGAAACCGACCAAUUAACGAAUAACCAUGGUGAAAAGGAAAACGAGGAAGUUUAUAAUAUCUCAGUGACCACUACUAAGCAAUCUGAAGCUUCUUCUAAUCCAGUUUACCCAACACAAGCUGCUUAUGUUACCAGUUUAGCUGGUAGUGGCAUAGAAAACAAAGAUGGUGGUAAUCUUCUAUUACAUUCCACAGGCGAUAUAGAUGAUACAAGUUCUGGAGGGUUUCCUAAUUUAGUUACACCUGGUGAAUUUUCUAUUAGUAGCUCUGGUGCCGGAGCACAGGUUUUUGAAGCAUCCGGACAUGGAGAUAAUUUGUUUACAGAAGAUCUGAACAUCAGUCCAAAACCCUUUGUGAGUUUAUUAAAAGAACUUGUUACCAGCGAGUUCCCAGUAUCGACAAAACCUCCCAUGUAUUCUGUGGACACUAGACUAGAUCGAUCUAAAGAUGCACACACAAAUUUGUUCACAACACAAGUAGAUUCAUCACUGGAAACCAGCGGUCAGAGCAGCUCGCAAGCCACUUUGGAGGAAGCAAGUGGGGACGGUUCUGGUUCCUUAUGGGCUGAGUCAAGUGGACAAACCAACAGCACACAAGAUGCAUCCACUAACAUAGUCGAGCACUCAGGGAACCCAACCAGCCAUCCUGAUAUAACACAAAUUACACAAAGUGUGGCCCAUUCUACAAAGUUCUUUGGAAAGAACCCAGUUGAUAAAAAGGAUGAAAACCUAGAGACUGCAACUGUACAAAUCUCUCAACUAAAAAGUUCUUCUGUUAUCUCUACGGAAAGGCAAGAAAAUAUCAACGAGAAUAGCCUUUCUUCAACAGCCUUACCAAACUCCAAUUCAAGGGAAGUUAUGACUGUAUCACCAGUCUAUUAUGUUCCUCUCAGGCAUACUUUAUCCCCAUCACCUACUGAUGGGUCUGAAGAUUCUACCACUCAUAUUCUGGAGAAAACAGCCAACCCAAAUGUGUCUAUGAGUGCAACCAGCCCACCACCUGCAAUGCCAACAGAGAGAGCAAUUCUGGGAGCCUCAAUAAAUUUGUCAGAUGUCUGCUACCCAAACCCUUGUGGAAAUGGAGGGACUUGCAUUGACGAAGAAGACGGAGACUUCCUCUGCCUGUGUUUGCCAGGCUAUACUGGGAAAAUCUGUGAAAUAAAUGUAGAGAAGUGUUUGGGCGACUGGGAUGCCUUCCAAGGAUUCUGCUACAAACAUUUCCAUGCAAGACGAAGCUGGGAAGAGGCAGAGAACUUCUGUCGAGAGGCUGGAGGACACCUAACCAGUAUCAUGACCCCCGAAGAGCAAGAGUUUCUCAGCAACAAGUACAAUGACUAUCAAUGGACUGGGCUGAAUGACAGGACCAUAGAAGGGGACUUCCAGUGGUCAGAUGGGAACCCCCUGCUCUUUGAGAACUGGGCCCAUGGGCAGCCAGACAGUUAUUUCCUCUCUGGAGAGAACUGUGUGGUGAUGGUGGGACACAAUGAGGGCAAAUGGAGUGAUGUCCCAUGUAAUUACCACCUCCCAUUUGUCUGCAAGAUGGGACUAGUGUCCUGUGGUCCUCCUCCAGAUGUCCCCAAUGCCACCAUGUACGGCAGGCCAAAAUCAACCUAUCAGAUCAAUUCGGUGAUUGGAUACGGUUGCAAGGAUGGUUUCCUUCAGAGGAACUCACCAAUCAUUAGGUGCCAAGCAGAUGGUUUUUGGGAGGAACCCCAACUAAGCUGCAUCCCCAAUGCCUCAUUUCAGUAAUCAGAUCGUUUGAGAUCCUGUGUCCUUCCAAUCUUUGCUCUAAUAUGUUUCCCACCUGGCCAUAAGUAGCCUUUCUGAAAAUAUCUCCAGGACCCAACAGCUGCAGGAUGCGGCUCCAGACCAACAAUGGGUUCAAAACACAAUUAGUGGCACCAUAAGGGGGCGGAGGUUAUUUCUGUGGACAAAUUAAUGUAUAGACUGCAGCCAGAUCAAACGCAACCUAACUGCUUCACUUCCACUUUACUGCAGCAAAGACAUGCUCAACAGCCCCCAAUAAAUGGAAACGUGCCAA